GGAGGGACUGACUGGGCCUGCUGGCUGGUUUGCUCCCUGGCUGGGAGGCGGCGCGAUGAGCGGGUCCGGCGAGCCAGCUGCGGAGGCCCCGGCAGCCACCGGAGCGGGAGUUCGGAUCGUGGUGGAAUACUGCAAACCUUGUGGCUUUGAGUCUGCCUACCUAGAGCUGGAAAAUGCAGUAAAAGAGGAAUUUCCUGACGUGGAGAUCGAAUCCCGGCUUGGAGGGACAGGUGCUUUUGAAAUAGAAAUAAAUGGGCAGCUGAUCUUCUCCAAACUUGAAAAUGGAGGAUUCCCUUAUGAGAAAGAUCUCAUUGAAGCCAUCCGCAGGGCUGGCAACGGGGAGCCCCUCGAGAAGAUCACCAAGAGCCGACCACCCUGUGUCAUCCUUUAAGUUUCUCUUUUCUCUGGUCCAAACCUGCCCGCCCACCCUUAAUUCUCGCUCUCCCCGCCUCCACCUCCUACUCUAGUUUAAGUACCUUGGUAGGUGGGGAGGUGACUUGGGUUGCUAACACACAAGAAGCCUUAUAAGCAAGAACCUGAGCCACUUUAAGGAGGUGAGAACAAGGUGCUUGCUAAAUUAAUUUGGGCGGAUCAGCCUUCCUGCUUGGGGAGCCUCUCCUGUUUUUAAAAAGACCCGAGUGGAUUUUGUCUUAACGUGACUGCUGCGUUUCUGUCCUUAUGUGUAAUGUGACAAGGAUGAAGCCCUCCCCCAUUUCCUUUCAGAAUUGGGUCACCUCUUUCUUCUGAUCUUUAGUGGUUCAUCCUGGGACAUCAGCUAUCUUCCUCCUCCCGGGUCCCCAUAACCCCCUUUAACUCUGAGCCAGGAUGAGCUAGCAUCUCGUCAUGCCCUCAUUGAAAUCCAGUCUGGAUAGGGUUCAUACUGUGCAGGAAGCUCUGAAGGACCUCAAGACACCUUCAGACUAUAGUCUUGGGGACCAAUGUAGAAAGCUGUUCCCUUUUCACACAGUAUGUAGGAGAAUUUCCACAGCACUUCUGCAGCUGUCCCCUUCUCUUGUCUCGCCCAGCUGCCCAGAUGUGGGCUUGAAAGUGGAAGCUUGGUUUAGCUUGAAGCCGUUCAUCUUUUGUUGUUACGGUCUACCUGGUUGGCCAGUACAGUGGUGAUGCAGAGCUUGUUCAAGUCCCACCCAUGAUCCAUAGCAACCUGUACAACAGAGAUUUGGGCCUUCUCUUUUAUUAUAGCAGCUAUAAGGGCAGGGCAGGCACCUGCAGUUGAACAGAUCUCCUCAAGCCAGACCAGAUGUUUGGACAAAGGAGAAAAUAGAGCACAUGCCUAUCACUUGAGUCUACUUACCUGCCGGUUGCUUUGGCCUUUUUCUUCUUUUUGAAGGCUAGCAUGAAACUCAGCAUAGUUCAGAACAGGCUAGUGAUACAGUGAGAACUUACUUCUUCAAAGCUGUUUAGUCAAUGGUAAUAAUGGUAAUAAUUCUCUCUGCCCAACUAAACCAAGCAUUAUCCAGCUAUACAAGGAAGCAUUUUCAAGAUCUGUUGAUUUCAAGAUUGAAAUACUUGCUUAAUUCUCCUGCUGCAAACCCGUGGGACUUGAGAUGUUUAAUUCUGGUUAGAUUGCUCAUAUGAACACACACAUGCCUUGUAGAAAAACAAAA